AUGACUGGUUUGAAAGGGUUCUCAGACAACCCUUUGCGCACACGUGCAGAUCUCGUCGUGGCCGUGAAAGCUCUCAUAUCGCCUAUCGAGCGGUGCCGCUCCCGUCUCGGCGCACGCGUCAAGAUUCACCCGGCUUCUUGCGCCGGUUUUGACGACGUUGCUGCCCAAAUUGAGGGGUUUUGUAGACCUCUGCUGGGAGUCUCUGCAAUCCUUGAAGAUGCAGCGACCUUGGACCGGUGGUGCCAGGGUCUAGCGGCCGGAGUUGAUGUUGAUGGUGAUGAGUAUUGGGGCGACAUUGGCGAUUUUGAUCAGAGAAUGGUAGAGACCGAGUCGAUUUGCAUUGCCAUACUCACGUCGCCUGAAGCUUUUCUCUCCAGAAUGAGUGGUAAGACUAAGGCCGACCUGGUAAGAUGGCUAAGACAAAUCAAUAGCAAAGACAUGCCUCAAAAUAAUUGGCGCUGGUUCCGCCUCUUCGUCAACAUGACGCUGACACAAGUUUUGGGAGUUCCGAGAAACGAGGUAGACGACGUGAUGAAAAUGGAUUUUGCUCUACUGGAUAGCUUUUACAUGGGCGACGGAUGGUCAAGCGACGGACUUUGGACGGAAGACAGAAAGCAGGCUGACUACUACUCUAGUAGCUUUGCAAUUCACUUUGCGCAGCUUCUAUACGUCCGGUUUGCCGAGGCAGACCAAGACCGUGUCCAGAAAUACAGACAGCAGGCAAAGGAGCUUUCAUUGAGCUAUUGGAGAUAUUUUGACGUCAAUGGGGCUGCAAUUCCUUUUGGCCGCAGUCAGACAUAUCGAUUUGCCUUUGCCGCGUUCUGGAGCGCUGCAGCAGUCGCGGGAGUUGAACUGCCGCCACCUAUGGACGGCAUCGGUACUGUUAAAGGAAUGCUUUUGCGCCAUCUACGUUGGUGGACACGUCAUGGUGAUAUGUUCAACUCGGAUGGUAUUCUAAACAUUGGGUUCGCCUACCCCAACAUGUAUCUUGCCGAGAAUUACAACUCCCCCCAGUCUGUUUACUGGUGUUUGAAGAGUUGCAUUGCUCUCAUGCUGCCUGAGAGCCAUGAGUUCUGGCAAUGUCAAGAACUACCACAUCCCCUUCAGCAAAGUCCAGGGACGCUUGAGGUCUGCCAGUUAUUACGGCCCCUGCGGCAAAUUAUCAACAGCACCCCUGAGCAUCAUUACUUGUUGUCGUCUGGGCAGAUGACAGCGUGGCCACAUAAGGGAAAAGACGCAAAAUACUCAAAGUUUGCCUACUCCUCGUCGUUCGGCUUCAGUGUGCCAUCGGGGACCACACUGAGCCAGUCUGCACCCGACAGUACGCUUUCCAUCAGCAUUGAUGGCGGGCAGACGUGGCAGGUUCGUGGCAGGAAUCUGAGCGAUACGAAAAUUGAGACCAUCUCAUUGAAAGACGACCACGUGCAGGGGUUGACUUGCACUUGGAAACCUUGGAAAGCACUAGAUCUGGAUAUUGAGAGUACAGUGGUGUCGAUCGCAGAACAUUUUCCGGGAUGGCAUAUUCGCGUCCAUACUGUCCGGUGGUCGCGGAGUGCCGAGGCCAGCUUUCUCGGAGAAGCCGUAACACUGGUGGACGCAGGCUUCGCAAUCCCCUCCUUAACAGCCGAGGGUUAUUCAGUGCCACAAUUGCCACCUGGUCUAGAGUUGCAGAAGGAAGGCCUCUUCUAUGAAGAGGCCACCGCUUUGGCCAUUUCUAAAGCCGGUGCUGGGGGUAUCGUGGAUAUGAGUACCGAGUCACAGGCUUCGCAUCAACGAGAGAGCCAUGCCUUUAUACUGGAUGCCGAUGCCAACACGAAUCUAAUGUCACCAAGGACAGCAAUACCUUGUGUGAAGCACCACCUGCGGCCGGGAAUGACAGAAGAUCCUGAUCAAAGAAAAAGAUGCCUUAUUACAGGUGUUUUUGCAAUCGGGGUGUCUGGAAUGCCUUCUUUAGAUAUUAAUCGUAUGUGGAAGACAAGACCUGCUAUAUUACUAGAUAUCUGUCAAGGCAGAUAUAUAUUUAAGAUUAAGUAA